GCGGGCCAGCGACUGGAGAUUAAUUUCCGGGUCGCGGCCGAGCUGGCUUUCACGUGGAGGCGGGGAAGAUUGGCGUGCGGGAAUGAUUACGAAAACCCACAAAGGAGACCCGGGCCUUGGGGUCCCAGAGAAAAAGAAGAAGAAAAAGAAGGUAGUCAAAGAACCAGAGACUCAGUACUCAGUUUUAAACAGUGAUAAUUACUUCACUGAGAUCUGUCCCACAAGAGCAACAUUCCCCUCGAAGAGUGUGGAGCUAGGGCAGGCAUCUGAGAUGCCUCUGGUGAAGAAAAAGAAGAAAAAGAAGGGCCUUAGUACCCUUUUCCAGGAGCACCUAGAACCCGAGACCGUGUUAAGUGCUGGACGGACAGAGAAGUUGGUCACCCCCAGGAAGCAGGUUCUUGGUUCAUCUGAGUUCCAAGGUGGGGAGAAGAAAAAAAAGAGGAAGUCCUUAAAACCUCUGGCCAUGCCUUCUAGCUCAAGAGGGAGGACCUCCCCAGACACUAGACAGGUUGAGGAGGUGACCCGAGUUGGCAAGAAGCCCAAAAAACACAAGAAGGAGAAGAAGGCCCGGGAGGCUGCAGCUGCAUCAGCCAAGGACCCUUGUUUCCGUGAGUUUGGGGAUACUCUGUACACUUGCUCAGUGGGGAAGGAUGGUGCGGAGCAGACAGGCUCAGGGCAGAAAAGGAAACAGGGCAGCCCCAGGGAAUGCAACGUGAAGAUGAAGAAGAAAAAGAAAAUCCACCUUAAGGGAGAUACCUCCGUAGAAGAGCACCUUGAGUGUUCCAAGUCUGUAGAGAGCAGCCCUAGGAAAGGAACUAAGAAGCCAGUCAAACUUGAGGCUCCAGAAUACAUCCCAAUAGGACAAAACCCCAAGUCCCCCGCAAAGAAGAAAAUGAAGUCCAAGAAAAAGGUAGAGCAGCCAGGUAUUGAGGAGCCAGCUCUGAAGAGGAGUAAAAAGAAGAAGGUGAAAGAGAGCAAAGUAGCGGAAGAACCUUGGGAAGAGGAGCCUGACCCAGACUUAGAGGUGGUGUUGGAAAAGAAAGGCAACAUGGAUGAGGCGCACAUAGACCAGGUGAGGCGAAAGGCCUUGCAAGAAGAAAUCGAUCGUGAGUCAGGCAAAACAGAAGCUUCUGAACCGAGGAAGUGGACAGGAACUCAGUUUGGCCAGUGGGAUACUGCUAGUUUUGAAAAUGAGGAACAGAAACUAAAAUUUCUCAAACUGAUGGGCGGCUUUAAAAACGGGACCCCUUCGCUCAGCCGCCCCUCUAACACAGGCGGAAGGCCCAACAUGGCUCUCAGCAAGAAGGCAGCUGACGCCCUGCAGCGGAACCUGCAGCAGGACUACGACCGGGCCAUGAGCUGGAAGCACAAGCGGGGCGCUGGCCUGGGCUUCUCCACCAUGCCAGACAAAAUCUUUUAUAUUGACAGGAAUGCUUCCAAGUCAAUUAAGUUUGAAGAUUAAACUCUACUGUCUUAUCCUUCAAAACAGCCACAAUUGCUUUUACUGUUCAGUUAUGCAGUUGAAAGCCAUCUGACAACUGUCUCAGAUCAAAUCUCUGCAGAGAUUAAGUUGAAAACUCUGCCCAUGUGCUUGGACAAACUGGGGUCAGGGAGCUCGUGUUUCAGAAGCCAAGAGAACAUGUGAGUGAUUAACGCCUACUAUUUUGUGUAUAAGCAUUCCAUCCCUGUGUGAAGACAUCAACAUAUAUAAAUAAUA